GAAUUAGAAGAUUUGAUUAAGGGAGGGUAUUUAAAUUCCAACUAAAGUCUCUUUUAACUCUGCCUUCCCUCUCUCUGUCGAGUUCCGCUUCGGGGACAGAACAAAACUGAAAACGCCAGAACCCAACACUCUUUAAUCGCCGGGGGUUACAGAACAAAUCCAAAACCCUAAAAACGCUGAAGAAUUCCGAAUCCAUUAAAUUUCCACAAAAUUUCAUGUCCUUCCAUUAACCCAACCCGAAUCAAAAGAUUUACUAAGUAAAACCCAAAACCAAUAUGGGUCGACCCGAGUCCUGCGUUCUGUUUUCCCAGACUUUCGUUCACACUCACUUGGACGAAUACGUCGACGAGGUAUUGUUUGCUGAACCAGUUGUUAUAACUGCGUGUGAGUUCCUCGAACAGAAUGCGUCCUCGGCUUCUCAAGCAGUAUCGCUUGUUGGGGCCACUUCGCCUCCGUCUUUUGCUUUGGAGGUGUUUGUUCAGUGUGAGGGAGAGACGAGAUUUAGGCGCCUUUGUCAGCCUUUUCUGUAUACUCAUUCUUCAUCAAAUGUACUUGAAGUGGAGGUGGCAGUUGUAACCAAUCAUCUCGUUGUAAGAGGCAGCUACCGCAGUUUAAGCUUGGUUAUUUAUGGGAAUACAGCAGAGGAUUUGGGGCAGUUCAACAUUGAAUUUGAUGAUAGCUCUCUACCUGACCUUGUUAGCUCUGCUGAUGGGAAGCUUGAAGACCUACCUCUUGCAUUACGCACAAUUAAUCGGACAUUUGAGGAAUCUUUAUGUUCUCUGAAUGUUAUAUCUUUACCAGUAGUUACACUAGAUUUAUCUGUAGAGGUUAAUCAAUUACUACAGCUAAUGUUGAAAAUUUUGGAAUUGGCAAACGUUGGUUAUGCAGUACAUAAAGUUGUAAGUACCAUAGCAUCAGCAGCUUCUUUGGUCAUAAGCUUUGACUUAGACUCUAAUGCAAUCAAUCAGAAGUAUCUUAUAUUGGGAAGAAACAAAGAUUUUAAGGAGUUGGACCAUGGUAUUAGUGAGGCCAGAAAAGAGCUCCUUGAGCUCUAUGAAGCUCUUCAAUAUAAAUCCAGGAAUGAAUCAUCUGACUCAUGGACUGAAUGCAUCUUUAUGGAGUCUGAUGCUGAUUUGGCUUCUUCCAAACAGUUGGUUGAGAUGUUAUUGCCGUACUUCAAUUUCAAUAGGAGCUCCUCUAGUUUUGGACAUCACCAGCUCUCUGAGAGUAAAAAUGUCAUCUUGGGGUUGAAUGUGGCUCUUUUCUUGUGCUCCAGUAAGGAGAGCUGCUUUCACUUUGUCAACUGCGGGGGAAUGGAUCAGCUUGCAUAUCUUUUGGACCAUGACAUGCAGAAAUCUACUGCCAUUACAUUGUUGCUACUUGGAGUUAUUGAGCGGGCUACGCGACAUGCUGUUGGAUGUGAGGGAUUUCUCGGUUGGUGGCCUCGUGAGGAUGAAAAUAUCCCUUCUGGCACUAGUGAUGGUUAUAGUCACUUGUUAAAGUUGUUACUGCAAAAACCACGACAUGAUAUUGCUUCUCUAGCUACUUAUGUCCUUCAUCGACUUAGAUUUUAUGAAGUUGUUUCGAGAUAUGAGUAUGAAGUGUUAUCCAUACUGGGUGGCCUCUCUGCUGCUGCUAAAGGGACAAGUGUUUCUUCAAACAAGCUCAUAGGUGUUGGAUCACUACUCAAAAAGCUCCUGCAUUUGGUAAAAUCACAUGGUCGAAUUGAGGAUCCAUCUCCAGUGGCCCGUGCAAGCAGUUUUUUGAUUCUUGGUCAAACAGAUAUAUUAGUAUCAUAUAAAGCAACCAGCGGGUUGAUUGCUUCAUCAAAUUGUUGCUUUUCGAAUUGGGAAAUUGACUCACAUUUGCUGGCACUACUUAAGGACAGGGGAUUUCUUCCUUUAUCAGCUGCACUGUUGUCAACAACCAUUUUGCAUUCUGAAGCUGAAGAUGGUGUGAACAUUUCUAUGGAAAUUGUGUCAUCCAUUGGAUCCAUAAUCCUCUCCUUUCUUUCUUGUCGCUCAGGCUUGGUUUUCCUGCUACAUCAGCCUGAACUCACUGCUACACUAAUUCAUGCGCUCAAGGGUGCUGAUGCCAUGAGUAAGGAAGAAUGUGUUCCUCUUCGGUAUGCAUCUGUUUUAAUAUCUAAAGGUUUUACAUGCAGUCCGCAGGAAGUUGGAACCAUUGUUGAGACGCAUUUGAGGGUGGUUAAUGCCAUAGAUCGUUUGCUUUCGUCAACUCCACAGUCUGAAGAAUUUUUGUGGGUUUUAUGGGAGCUGUGUGGUCUUGCUAGGUCUGAUUGUGGUCGCCAGGCUUUAUUGGCCCUGGGUUUCUUUCCAGAGGUUGUUUCAAUUCUAAUUGAAGCUUUGCAUUCUAUCAAGGAAACAGAACCUGCCAUCAAGAAUAGUGGAGCUUCACCACUUAAUCUUGCGAUUUUACACUCAGCUGCUGAGAUUGUUGAAGUCAUUGUAACUGAUUCAACUGCAACCUCUCUAUCUUCUUGGAUUGGGCAUGCCAUGGAACUUCAUAAAGCUUUACAUUCUUCUUCCCCUGGGUCAAAUAGGAAGGAUGCUCCUACACGGCUCUUGGAGUGGAUUGAUGCUGGUUUAGUUUAUCAUAAAAAUGGGGCUAUUGGGCUUCUAAGAUACGCUGCUGUGUUGGCUUCUGGAGGAGAUGCUCACCUUACCUCAACCAACAUUCUAGUUUCUGAUUUGACGGAUGUUGUUGAUAAUGUUAUUGGAGAAUCUUCUAAUGCUUCUGACAUUAAUGUCAUGGAGAAUCUAGGAGGCAUUAUCUCUUUAAAGUCCUUUGAUGGUGUUAGCCUUCGUGACUCUUCUAUAGCACAGCUGACAACUGCAUUUCGAAUUUUGGCAUUCAUUUCAGAGAAUCCGACUGUUGCUGCUGCUUUGUAUGAUGAAGGUGCCAUUGCAGUUAUCUACGUGGUUCUUGUCAAUUGUAGCUUUAUGCUUGAGAGGUCCUCAAACAAUUAUGAUUAUCUUGUUGAUGAGGGUACAGAAUGCAAUUCUACAUCUGAUUUAUUACUGGAACGCAAUCGUGAACAGAGUUUAGUUGAUCUUUUGGUUCCUUCUCUUGUAUUGCUGAUCACUCUUUUGCAGAAAUUGCAGGAAGCUAACGAGCAGCACAGAAACACGAAACUGAUGAAUGCUUUGUUACGACUGCAUCGAGAAGUAAGCCCAAAGCUUGCAGCUUGUGCAGCUGAUUUAUCCUCUCCUUAUCCUGAUUCUGCACUUGGUUUUGAAGCUGUGUGCCAUCUUGUAGUGUCAGCUCUUGCUUAUUGGCCAGUAUACGGUUGGACCCCUGGCCUCUUCCACUCACUUCUUGCCAGUGUUCAAGCUACUUCAUCACUGGCCUUGGGUCCAAAGGAGACCUGCAGUUUACUCUGUCUUUUGAAUGAUAUGCUUCCUGAAGAAGGUGUCUGGCUUUGGAAGAAUGGGAUGCCCUUGUCGAGUGCCCUUAGAUCAUUGGCUAUUGGGACUUUAUUGGGACCUCUGAAGGAGAGACAGGUUAAUUGGUGUCUGGAGCGUGGUCACCUUGAGAAGUUGCUCAACCAAUUGACGCCACAGCUUGACAAAAUUGCACUGAUUAUCCAACAUUAUGCCAUCUCUGCAUUGGUAGUCAUACAAGACAUGCUUCGAGUUUUUAUAAUUCGCGUUGCUUGCCAAAAAGCUGAACAUGCUUCUAAACUUCUGCGGCCUACAUUAUCAUGGAUACAUGACCACAUUUCUGACUUAUCUUCUCCAUCUGAUACAGAUGCUUACAAGGUUUAUAGAUUCCUUGAUUUUCUUGCUAGCUUGCUGGAGCAUCCAUAUUCCAAGGCAGUAUUGCGAGGAGAAGGUUUUUCUCAGAUUCUAAAAAGAGUGUUGGAGAGUUGUUUUGUUGCUACUGGUUCAGAUGGGAAGCAGAUAUCAGAUUGUGAAAAUUCUGCUAGUUGUGGGUUUACUUUGAUUAAUUGGUGCAUCCCUGUUUUUCAGUCCAUUUCAUUACUAUGUAGUUCUCGAACAUUUUCCCAGUAUAAUGGGAGACAUGAUAUUAGGCACAAAUUUGACAGCUUGAGCCCCAAAGAGUGUUUAUUGUUUAUAAAUCAGCUCCUGAAGUUUUGUAAGAUCCUACCAGUUGGAAAAGAAUUAGUGUCUUGCCUUCAAGCGUUUAAAGACUUGGGUUCUUGCACUGAAGGUCGAAGUGCAUUCAUGUCUGCUUUGCUAUAUGGUGGCAACUCUAGUGGUGGGGCACUUGAAUCAGAGAGCGGACAUGAAAAGAAUGGGAACUUUCAUUUUCAAAAUGAAUCUGAAUUGAGAAAGUCUCCCCCCUUGCUAUGUUGCUGGAAAAAGUUGUUGAGAUCAGUUGAUUCAAAAGAUUCUUCAUUAGCUUAUGCAAUUGAGGCAGUUAAUGCAUUGUCUUUAGGUUCUUUGUGCUUUUGCAUAGAUGGGAAAAGUUUGAACAUGAAUGCUGUUGUUGCAUUGAAAUUCCUUUUUGGGCUUCCUGAUGAUAUGGCUGGGAUAGGUGGCUUUCCAGAAGAGAACAUAAACUAUAUUCAGGAAUUUUCUACUCUGUUAAGUUCAAGGAUCAUUAGUGAUGACUAUCAAUCUCCAUCGGAUAUGCAUAUCAGCAUGUGUCAGGUUUCAGAGUCUGUGAAAUCAUUAUUGUUAUUGUUCCAAAAGUCAACUGGCACUGUUAAGGUGGAUGAUACCAUUCUCAAUGAAAUUCUAUCUCUUUCUCAAAAUGAUGUUCAAGUUCCUUUAAGAAUUCAUCAGAUGACACAAGGUAAUGGUGGAAAAGCGGAUGAAGACCUUUACCUAGGAGGAUUUGAGGACAAGUUUUCAUGGGAAUUGCCAGAAACAUUACCUGAUAGAUUGCCACAGACAGCUCUUCCUACAAGAAGGAAACUGCAGCCAGCUGACAGCUCAACUAGGCGUGCCAGAGGAGACAAUUCAGUGACUGAGAUCACAAAUCCAAAUGCAUUUUCACGGGGAUUGGGUCCAUCUACAGUCCUUCCUGGUACUACUCGAAGGGAUACCUUUCGACAGCGGAAACCAAAUACAAGCAGGCCUCCAUCUAUGCAUGUGGAUGACUAUGUUGCAAGAGAAAGGAGCGUCGAUGGUGUUGCUAAUUCUAAUGUAAUAGCAGUUCAGCGAGUGGGAUCUUCUGGGGGGAGGCCUCCCUCUAUUCAUGUGGAUGAAUUUAUGGCCAGACAGAGGGAGCGCCAAAAUCCUGCAGCAUCAGUGACUGAGACAGCAGCACAAUCUAAGAAUGCAGCUCCAAUAAAUGGGACAGAUAAUGAAAAAGUGAACAAGUCUAAGCAGCUAAAAACUGAUCUUGAUGACGAUCUCCAUGGAAUAGAUAUUGUGUUUGAUGGUGAGGAAUCUGAAGCUGAUGAUAAGUUGCCCUUCCCCCAGCCAGAUGAUAAUCUGCAACAGCCUGCUUCUGUAAUAGUUGAGCAAAGUUCUCCACACUCUGUUGUUGAAGAGACUGAAAGUGAUGUUAAUGGCAGCAGUCAAUUUUCUCACAUGGGUACACCUUUAGCAUCUAAUGUUGAUGAGAAUGCCCAAAGUGACUUUUCUUCGAGGAUGUCAGUUUCACGUCCAGAAAUGCCUUUAACUCGAGAACCUAGUGUUUCUUCAGAUAAGAAAUUUUUUGAGAAAUCCGAGGACUCGAAGAUUGCUAUUUCAAUUAAGAACGCUAGCAGGUUUGAUUCUGCGGCAGGAGCAAAUAGUUCAGGGUUCUCUGCCCCAGUUUAUAGUAAUACACCUCCAACAUCGGUACAGUUGCCAGCAGAUUCAAGGAUAACCCCGCAAAAUUUCUAUCCAAAGAGCAGCCCACAGUAUGCUAGUAACAUUCCUGUGGCAGUUGGUUCUCGAGGAAUAUAUGAGCAGAAAGUUCUGCCAAAUCAACCACCUUUGCCUCCAAUGCCUCCUCCAUCAGCAGUUCCACCAGGCCAAUCCGAUUAUUUAUCUGCAGUUAGUGGUAGUCCCUCAUUGUUGCAAUCUUCCCUUUCUGUGUCAGAUUCCAAGUUUAUGAGGACCUCUAUGUCUUCGCCUAGUGGAAAUACUAGGCCUCCCCCACCACUUCCUUCAACACCACCUCCAUUUGCAUCUAGCCCAUAUAAUUUAGCUUCAGUAAAUGCUUCUACUUCCCAACCAUCAGUUUACAAUCACUCUGGUAUGGGGAAAACUGAACUUCCUCAGAGCUCCAUUGGACCUACUAUUGAUGCUCGACUUCCUGCUUCUGCUGCUGGUUUGACUUCCUAUCCUCCGCCACUCAUGCAAUCAUUAGUUUUCAAUAGGCCUGCUUCAAUCCCUAUUACUCCUUAUGGAAGCACUCCUGCACAGCAGCAGGGUGAGAACCCUCCUAGCUUGUUGCAGAAUCCCUCGAUACCUCAGUCGUCUAUUCAGUCAAUUCAUUCUCUUGCUCAGUUGCAGCCCCUGCAGCAGCUUCAACGUCCGUUGCAGCCGGCUCAACAUCUUCGGCCUUCCAUUCAAUCUUCACAGCAGUUGGACCAAGGGGUGUCUUUGCAAACCCCUGUUCAGAUGCAAAUGCAGUCAUUACAAAUGCUUCAACAAUCUCAUGUUUCUCCUGUUAAUCCUUAUCAUCAGUCACAACAGCAGGAGUUUUCACCAGCACAGCAACAGUUGCAGGUUGAGCUUUCUCAACCUCAAGUUCUACAGCAAGGAGGUGGUGUAUCACAGCAGCAACAAGAUUCUGGAAUGUCAUUACAUGAGUACUUCCAGUCUCCAGAAGCUAUUCAGUCUUUGUUGAGAGAUAGAGAGAAACUUUGCCAGCUUCUGGAGCAGCACCCAAAGUUAAUGCAGAUGCUUCAGGAAAAGUUAGGCCAGCUGUAGCAACACGAUAUGGGAUUGUGAGGAUGCUUUCUUCAAAUUUUUUGUAGCAUACUUGUGACCCAUAAUCAUUGGUCCCAAGACCCCCAAAGCACAAUUUGAUUCAGAUGCAGUCGCCUAAUUAAAACUUUUCCACUAAAUUUUGUAUGAGUUUGGACAAUAUGUACAUUCUUGUCCAUCUGUUACUAAUUUGUCUUCUUUAUUUUGUGAUUUUAUUCAUGAGUAGGGAAAAUUUUCCAUCCCUAGUUUACUUGUAUGCUUCUACUAAACCUGACAAUUUCACUUUGUAUAUGUAGCAACAGUUGCCAGACUCCACAUUUGGUGCUGAGAUUGUAGACUUCCUUAGGGUUCAACUAUAAUGUUAUAUGCCAAUCUAUAUACGAAAAUCAUCAGCUUAAAAUGUUUUUGAGUUGAAAUUUAUCAAA